AUGGAAGCAGACUUCGGCUCGCGAAUGGAAUCCUUCGCAUCACCAGGCGGCGACGAUAUCCCCCAAGCCGUAACCAGCAGACGACGAAACCGCCGAAGCGAGAUAACACCGGCCCGCCAGAUCUUUGGGAGUCUAGCGAACAGAGGCGGUGCCGGAAAGAACGAGUUCACACCUCUGCUCAAGAGCGUGCAACGGUCGAACCUCACCCGAAAAGUCAACAACAGCGGUGCGCCCCCGACGCCAGCGUUCCUGAAAGGCGGGAAGCUCAACAUUACGGACAGUCCUGCGCUGCCGCAGGCUGGUAGCUCGGAUGUUGGCGACUCCACCUACCAGACUCGCGGGGAUGAGACCACGAUUGGGCCUGCUGGGAUUCCGUCUUCGAGUGUGAAUUCUACUCCCCUUGCGCCUAUACCUCGAGGGAAUGGUGGGGUGUUGGAGCAUGAUGGGCAGAUGACGCUGAGAGAACAGGAGAAGGCAUGGAUCAUUGAUGAGAUCAAGAAGGAGAACUUUGGCCUGAAACUUAAGAUUGUGUUCAUGGAGCAACGGCUACAAAAACUGGGACCUGAGCAUCAUGAGGAAGCUAUUAAGGAGAACAUCGAGAUCAAGGUCGAGAGAGCAACUCUCAAAGCAGAACUGAAGCGUUACCGGAAAUCCCUCACAGAUUCCGAGAAAGCCAUUGCCGAACUCCGGGAGCAAAUGAUCAAAAUGCAGAGCGGUAAGCAGGCGAGAUAUACUGACGAUCGGAAGAGUGAAGAACAAGCCCGGGUUUUACAGGAGGCCCAGGAAAAGCUUGAUGCGAAGGAACAGGAGAUUCAGCAAAUCCUUGAGGAGAACGAGAGACUUCGGGAAGAAGCGGAAGAAUAUAAGUCUCGAUUGGAAAACAUUGAGGAUGACGAUAAUGAUGAAUUAGAAAAGCUGAGGAAGGAAGUCGACAAGCUUGAGGGCGAGAAGGUCGACUUAGAAGCCGAAUUGAAUGAGAAAGAGAGGGCCCUCGAUGAACGGGAGGAGCAGAUGGAAGGUGUUGAGGAACACAUUGAAGCCCGUGACGACCGAAUCAAGGACUUGGAACAGGAGGCAGAGACUCUUCAAAAGAAGGUCAUCGCGUUGGAAAGGGAAUUGGAAGGAAAAGUGGGCGAUAAAGAUGGGGCUCUUGCGAGGAAGGAUGAAGCCCUACGGCAGGCUGAACGAACGAUCAAGGAAAUGGAGAGGACGAAGGAGGGAGUAGAAGCUGAGAACCGUCAGCUCGAAUCGGACAAUAGAAACCUUAGCAUAGAGAAACAUAACCUCCAGAACGAGGUCGAAAAGUUGAAGCAUGGUAUCCGGGAUCGCAGCUUUACAUAUAAGGACAAUAUCGCAGCGCGUGAGGGUCAGUACCGAGAGCUCGGGGAUCAACUCGAGCGCAUCCGCCAGGAGUAUGAAGACCUUCAACAAUCGCAUCAAGAGAAGAGUGAAGAAGUGGGGCGAUUGCAAGCAAGACUCAAUGAACGGGACGGUGACAUUGAGGGUGAGUUUGCAGCUCUACAGAGGCAAAUCGCUAAUCUCAAGCGCGAGAGAGAGGGGGCGGUGAGAUCGCGUGCUGAGCUCGAGACUGAGCUUCGUAAGUCCAAAUCGGAUCUUCACAACCUCACCUCCGAAAAGGAUCUUCUCCAUAUGCGCCACGACGCUCUAACGAAUGAAACCCAAGACCUCCAGAAGCAAGUUGAGAAGUUAAAGCUUGCUGUUCAAGAGGCAAAUGCGGCACUUCAAACCGAGAGGCAACUUGCGGUGUCAAACGAGCAAGCUUUGAGAGGCGAAUGGGAAGAAGACAAGAAUGCUCUGAACGACGAGUUGGAACAACUUGAAAGGGAGAUCCGGGAGAAGGAGUCGCGCCGUGAGCGUGCUGCCUCUGAUUGGAGUACCGAGAAACGUCAACUCGAGGCCAAGAUCCAGAAGGCGGAAGCAACAGCAGGUUUGAAGAGGACGAUUGAGAACCUCCAGCAAGUCGAGCAUAUGAUCCAAGGGAAAGAGGCUAAGCUACACAAUGCUCUCAAGUCUGAGAAUGAGAGACACAAGGCGGAGGAAGAUGCUCUCAAUAGACAAAUUGCAGAACUUCAAAACGAGAUUGAAGACCGAAAGGCGGCAUUCGAUCUUAAGGCCGCAGAACUCCAAGCUGCUAAAGAGGAGUACCGAGUCACAAAGAAGGCCGAAAGAGUGUUGGACGAAAAGGUCAAAGCUCUUGAUGACGAGGUUGAACUGCUCAGCGCUCAGCUUGAUGAGGCUAACGAGGACGCAGAAGAGCAAGUCAGUGCUUCCAGAACCGAAGUUGAAGCACUCCGCCAGAAGCUCAAUGCCACUAGACUAGAACUCACUCGCUUGGAGAACCAACAUGCCAGCACUCGCGCAGAUAUUCAAACUUACAAGGGAGAUUUGGAGGCCGAGGCGAGUGCUCAAGACCAACUUAAGGCUGAUCUCAGAGAUGCCAACCGACGACUAGAGACGGUUCAAAAGGACAAGCACAACUUCCAAGAACAACUCGCAAAGGUUAACUCACAAAUCCAUACUCUCAAAGCCACAUCGAUGGAGAUUGAGUCCGAACGUGACGAGCUCAAGAGCCAGCUUCAGCAAUUGUCCCAUAAAGUUGAUGUUACGAAGGGCUACGAUCAAGAAAAGAUGGAAUUGAGAAAGAGUAAGAACAAACUCGAAAUCAAUCUCCAACGAAUGAGCGGCGAGCGAGAAAUUCUUGAACAAGAAGCAGGCGACUUGGAAGCUCAACUCGAGGAUGCCCUCGACUCAGCUCAGAAGUUGGAGGAUAAACUUGAGAAGCAAACUCGGGAAUUGAAGGCACAAUUGAAAUCUAUCACUGAUGCCCGUGAUCAUGACCAGCAAGCCGCCAAGCGUAAUAUCGCACGUCUGGAGUCCAGAAUAGAGCAGCUACUAAAGGCCGACCGACAAGAUGGAGGAGGGUCUGAUGUGGAAUUGAAAGUUCUCCGGGCCGAGUUGGCAGAGUCAAGGAAGAGGGAGAACGAAACAAUUCAAAAGGAGUCGGCAGGCAGGAAGGCUGCUCGUGAAUUGCGAUCACAGAUCGACCAACUCGAGGGAGAGCUCAUGGAGGCUAAGAAUGCUGCCGUUGCCUCUUUGUCACCGAACGGGAGAUCACCUCGUUCCAGCAGAAAGUCCGAGGUCGAGGAAAUCAAGCGCCAACUUACCAGUGCCAAUGAGCAAGUUCGGGAACUCCGCUCCCAGGCAAGGUCAUUACAAAGGAAGGUCGAUGAUCAAAAGACUUCGCACGACCAGAUCGAAUACGAGAAAUCAAUGCUUGAACAGGAAAUUAAUGAAAUUCGAGAGAGCAAUGAUGCCCUGGUUGCGAAGAACCUCCAAGCCAGCACUACAAUUGGCGACCUUAGGAAGCGCAUCCAUUCUCUGGAACGGGAGCUGCACGACGCCCAAUUGAACAAGCAUCCCAAAAGCUCGGAGGUCACCCGAACCGCACAACAGGAGGCCGCCGAGGAGAGGCAAGAACUCCAUGACCACAUCAAAUCUGCCACCCUUGAGAUCGAGCAGUUGCAGUCUCAAUUGAAUACCAGAGAGGAGGAAAUCCGCAACCGCCGCAGGCGCGAGAAGGAACUCGAUGCGCAAAUAAGGUCACUCCGCAAGGAGAGGCAGCAACAGGACACGCAAUCUACUAGCGUAAACGAGGAAUUGAAGAAAAUCACUCGGCGGUAUCAGCGUGCCAUUGAGAGAACUGCCCAGCUCCAAUCCGCUUGGGAUGAGGAACGCAAGGCAAUCAAGCAGAGGGUGCGGUUUUCAGAGAGUACCAGUAGGCGGGAGAAUGCGAAGACUGGCAGCGAAGUCAGGGCUCUCGAGAAGAUUGUUCAAGACGCAGACGAGCAACACAGGGCCGAGAUCAAGGGCCUCGCAAAACAGAUCCGAUAUCUCCGGGCCAAGGUAGCUCGCGAGGCUGGGUUCCGCGCAGACCUGUCCUUCAGCAAGAACUUCUUCCUAAUGCAAAUCAAUCUCUACAGUGCUUGGUGA